CACCAGCACUGCAUAGCGGGUGGUCUGUGUUGAAAACCACCCUCAGCGCAUCACCUGGCGUGUGGUUACGGUACGUGCUUGGGCUCAGCCGAUGUAGCUCAGGCGGAAAACAGCAGCGGCAGAAGGAAGCGGAGAAGGAAGCGGAGAAGACCCGUCCCCUCCGUGAUGUUUAGCUAGGAACGCAAAGUCCCGCUUUGACCCUGUCAAAUUAAAAGCGCAACUCGGCCUCGCUUGCGGGGAGAAACGAAACGGACCACCAAAACGUAAAAACAGUGUGUGGGGAGGAAACCUAAUACAUCACAAAAUGUGUCAGUUUAUUGCAGAAUCGAUGUUUCUAAUUAGAAAAAGUUAUUGUACGCACAUAUCUCAUUAGUUUUUUUUGUAUUACAACGACCGUUUGCAGCAAAUGACGUACUUUGCGUUAUAAUUUUAAUAACCGUGGGAAAUGACAUUUAUAUUAUAUGUAUUACAAUACAUGUUUAUAUUUAAACUAUAUGUACUAUAUACAUAUUCAUAUCCUUAUCGUGGCAAAGCAUAACGGUACCCACCGUGCGUUGCGUGACAUUGGCGGUGCGUUUGGGGCCCUUUUAUUUUGAAGUCAGUAGCUUCUCUUCCGGUAUUAGCCUAGCUGCCUCUGGAUAACGUGACGCAGCUGAAAACGAAGCUAGUCGGCACCGCGGACUCCUCCUCCGGCUGCUCAUCUCGUGGGCAGACCCUUCUUCUGUGACACACCCACGCGCGGACAGGACAGCGCGAGUCUGCUCUGAUCUAUUCCCUAAUCAAAGGCAGAGCAGCGUCAUUAACAGGGUCUCAUCGUGUCUAACAUUGUCCUCUACUUUCUUCUUCUCUGUGGCGUGUAUUUGGUUUGCGGCUGUGGACAAUGACACAGCACAAACCACACAAACACACACACACACACUGAUGCUCUGGGCAUUAAUCCACAGGAGUAACACACUCACCUGUAUUUCUGCAUUCAUUUCCACUGCACGUUAUCAUUUAAAUACGCUGCCCUCUCAGUGGUAGCUCUCAGUUAACCACAGAGAGGUCAGGGGUCAGAAUUGCGCAACUCCCGUACUGGAUAAUUAUGUAUUGCCUUUGAACAUGCCUCUGAUAAACCAAAAUAAAAAUAAUAGUUGAAUCCAAUGAACAAGGUUUGUUGGAUGUCUGGAGUAAAAGUCAUUUGCAUCACACAGACUCUCGCCUCCUGUGGUUUUGCAGGUUGAUGCACCCCCCUUUGCAUUUGGAUCAUAUAACUUUAAAACCCAGAACAUCCAUGUAUUGUCUCAAACAAAAAAAGGUCUUUUCAAAAUAGAACAAAGUUAAAAAGGCACUGAACGGGCCCAACCGCAGCACUCAACGAAGUCUGUGUGAAUGAUUGUCCUCACAGACACGUCGAACAUGAACGUUGUGGGCUUACAUUAACGUUAUGCCCCAUGCUCUUUGAUCGCUCUAUUGAUUAGCUGCUGGCUUGAUUUGGGUCAGACCCGACACAUAUUGACCGAACAAGAGACGGUCUCUCUUACAAUCCGGCCGGUCGGGACGAUAAACAACAUCUCUCCACAAGUGGAUGUUCAAAUGCAGCCCUACUCUUCAGGCGACUUGGUGUGCCCGAGCUGGGCCUGAUGGAAUGGACGGUCUCUGAGUGAGGAGGAUGCUGAGCCGAACAGAACACAGAGGCGUGUGCAGGCUGCUAUCAUCAGUGAUGUCUGGAACAGAGUCUCAUGCCGACAGAGAGGAGGACUACAGGUUCCUCCACAGCAUGUUGAUGGAGAAGAAGCUGCACUUGCUCUUCAAGAUCCACGAGAGGCUGAAGCGGUUUGAGAAGCGAAGCCCCAUCCCUGUCCAGGAGCAUGCAGCACGUCUGGCGUCAGAUUUGGUGGAGGAGCUGAUAUACCAUGGCUGGAGAGAUGAAGUCAAAGAACUGGUUGAUCUCUUUUCAAAACCCCACUUUAAGAGUCUCCUGUUCGUCCAUGACGCCGUGGCUCGGAGAGACUUUGAGCCCAGUCUGCCGCCGGUACCUGAAGAUGCGCUGGUGGAGGAUGAAGAUUCCGUCAAAAUUGUCAGUCUGGUCAAAACCAAAGAGCCCCUGGGGGCAACAAUCAAGAGGGAUAAAGCGACCGGGGCUAUUGUAGUGGCCAGGAUCAUGAGAGGAGGCGCGGCUGAUAAAAGUGGCCUGAUCCAUGAAGGAGAUGAGCUGAAAGAGGUGAACGGAGUCUCGUUGGAGAACAGGAAGCCCAAGGAGAUCCUUCCUCUACUGGUCCUUUCGCAGGGUAACGUUACAUUCACAAUCAUCCCUGCCUCCUCCAAGGAAGAAAUACCGUCAAGUAAGAAGAAGCUCUUUGUACGGGCCCUUUUUGACUAUGAUGCAAACGAGGAUCCCAGUGUCCCGUGCAGGGACGCAGCAGUUUCCUUUAAAAGGGGGGACGUCCUCCAGAUUGUCAGCAAGGAGGAUGUCACCUGGUGGCAGGCCUGUUACCUCGGGGACAGCAAGAGUCGGGCGGGGCUCAUCCCCUCGCAGCAGCUGCAGGAGAGGAGAGUUGCACUGCAGCGUCCCAAAGCCCUGUUCAGGCCCCGGCAAGUUAAACCACCAGUCACCGAGGACGUAGACUACGGAGCUAUAACAGGGAUCCACGUCGCUGGUUUAAGAAGGAGUUUCCGACUCGGCAGAAAGAGCAGUUGGGCCAGGGAAGUGGCUGGGUCCAGGAGGUGGAGUGGGGGGGUACAUGGCUCAUUUCAUCCCCCUACCUACAUAGAGGUGAUCCCUUAUCACAGAGACCCCAAGGACAAACACCGUCUGGUCAUUCUGGUCGGGCCCAACGGCGUUGGAGUGAGUGAACUGAAGAGGAGGCUCCUGAUCUCUGACCCCGACCGCUAUGGCGUCACCGUUCCGUACACCACGCGUGAGAAGAAAAGGCUGGAGAACGAAGGGACGGAUUAUCAUUUUGUGUCCGUUCACAUGUUUGAAGAGGAUCUUCUCAAUCACAGGUUUAUAGAGUAUGGGAGAUACAGAGGUCACUACUACGGAACCAGUCUGGACUCUGUGCACCGAGUGAUGGCUGACGGCAAGGUGUGCCUGUUAGACGCACAUCCCAGUACAAUAAAGCACGUGUACACAUCUGAAUUCAAACCAUACGUGGUGUUUGUGAAACCCCCGUGCAUCGAGGAGCUACGUCUCACCAGGCGGAGGGUGAAAUUCAUCUGCGAUGAAGAGGACACGAACCCCGUCAGGGUCUUUUCAGAGGAGGAUUCAGAGGACAUGAUUCACUUGGCUGAAACCAUGGAGAACCAGUACGGUCACCUGUUCGACAAAGUGAUUGUGAACGGUGACGUCGCCGGGGCGUUCAGGGAGCUGAAGGCAGACCUCGAGAAGACCGAGGCGGCAGAGGUCCAGUGGCUUCCUGCGGAGUGGAAUUGCUCCCCGCCAACAACAGGGCGGAGAAGUACUGGUCACUUGAUCGACUGGAUCUGAACUUUCAGCUCUUCAGACACACAAGAAACUAUAAUUAAGUUUCUUCUGGUCAAAAGAAUUGACUUCAAAAUGAAAAUGAACAAAAAGGAUUUAUUAAGUGUGUCUGCAAUAUUAAGUUAGAAAUCCAAACCUUGCACACUAAUUUUUUUUUCUUCAUAUUUCGAAUAUAUAAGUCCCGUGAUGACCACAGUUUUCCACAGUGUCCCUCAGUGUGUGUCUAAUUAGGCAAACAGAAUCCAUCUCCCUCCGUCCGUCCCGGAGCCAGUUUUUCUGUUGGCAUUUGGCUGAAAUAACGUCGGCUUGCAGGAACGAAGAAGAAGAAGAAGAAGAAGAAAAAAAGAAAAAGAGAGAGGAAACUCUCCAGAGCUUGUGGCAGAGUGUAAUCCUUGCCUGCCAAGUCGCAAACAUCAGCAUGUAAUUAUUCUGACAGCUGCUGCACUUCAAUUAACUGUAAUGUACACCAGAGAAAUAUUAUUAGUAACAGUCCGGGAGACAUUUUGCCAACAAUGUGCCGUACAAAAUAGAGACACAGACAAGAUAACAGUCAAUCGAAAAGCGUAGACAAAGCAGAAUGGAUAGUCCACAUACACAAUGGAUUGUGUAUGUGGACUAUAAAAGUUGGUGCUACUAUCACUAUAAUCGGCAUUGUAGUGUUUUGGCUAUUGAAUCAUUUUAAGGCUCUUUGAAUGAUUGUGUAUUUUUAAGCACUGUACACUGAAAUUCAUCUUCACUAUGGACUCAUAUUUUACACAAAACAUGUUAAAAACAAAUAAAAAAUAACUGGCAACGCAUGAA